AUGUACCAAAGACGAAGGGUCAGUACAACCUCAUUUUUGCUUGGCACGGGCUUUGACGUGGGGAUAGGUUGUCAUGAGUGCUCUAAACGACGUAUUCAUUGUGAUAGGAAUGAACCAAGUUGUAAUAAGUGUACUUCCAGAGGCCUGAGUUGCAGUGGCCUGGGUAUUCGACAUCGGUUCAACAAGGGUGUUGCCGCGAGAGGGAAGUGGGCUGGCAAGACUAUCGACAGGGUUUAUGAAGAGAAUGAAUGGAAAGUCUCUUCAGCUGACAAGGACGCAUCAACAUCAUCGGCAUCAAGUUCGGCCGCAGAUACAAACCCAGGAAGCACGGAUACUCAUGAUGACGACAAUAACGAAAUGCAAGAUGAUGAUAUUGAGUUCAUCUCAUCAGACCCUGAGAUCUAUGACCUCGUGUUAGCGAAUUCUCAGGCAAUUGAGGAUCGCGAAGUCUUCAUGACCCUUUUCAUGCAAGGAGUUCCAGAGAACAUGCCAGCGUGGAAGAGGAAUCUUUUCAUGACUUUCUCGCGAUGCAUAUCAACGGAGAUGGUAGCCAUAGACGGCUUUCACAACGACUGGCGCCACCUCCUUCUUCCGCUCGCUCAGCAAGACGAGCUCGUCAUGGAUGCCGUCCUCACCGUCUCAGCCUUUCACUUCCACAUCAAUAAGCUCGAUAAUAAUUGCAAGAAGAACCAGAAGCAGUACUCUGCUUUCGGAACCAACACAUAUGACACUUACGUUCCCGAUCCAUAUCAACUUCUGGGUCGAACGCUUCAAGGUCUACGACAACGCCAAGAGCUCAUAUGCAAUAAUCAAUCAACACAGCACUCUGUGCUAAUCAGCCUUUUGCUACUAAUGACAUCUGUGCUCGUCACUGGAGGCUCAGACUUUCCUGUUCUCCUGCGAAUGCUUGAGUCAGCGCUGGACGCUAUCGGCGGGAAGGAGGGGCUUGGUACGGGCAUCUUGGCUGGCUUUAUCAUGCGUGAGCUUCACAAGAUACGAGUAUAUGCUGCUCCGCAUCUUGGCGAAGAAACAGGUCUGCAGAUGAUCUCUUCCCAAGCUCGAACCGACCAACUCUUCGGCUGUCUCAACCACUGCCUCCAGCUCUACCCAGAACACACACCACUCUUCUCCCAAGUCGCGAGUCUCGUCUAUCAAGCUCGAGAUAUCUAUCUCCAACAAGUCCUUUCCGACCAUACCUCCAACUUCUUCGACCUUGAUCCCAUACCCACCAAUCCCGACUCGGUAGCACGCGUGCAGCGCUUCAUCGAAGCACUCGAACAAUUUCCAGAAACUUCCCCCGUGGCGCACAUGUUGAUCUGGACGACAUUUGUGGCAGCGUCGGAUGCGCAGCUUGAAGAGCAUAAGGUAUAUUUUGAGAAUAUUUUGCGAAGACAUCAUGCGAGAAGUGGGUUUGGAAAUUUGUUGAAGGGUAUUGAGGCGUUGAAGAGGAUGUGGGGUAGAAAGCCUGGAGAGAGAUGGACGACUCUCUUACCGCAGACAAAGGUUCUUGUUGCAUAA